GUAAUUACACAUCACUGGCGAGGUGCGGCCGGCCAAGCAGUUGGACGGGAGAUCACGGCGCUGUCAGGACAGGGACGGCUUACUGCUGCAGAUAAGGCCCGCUAAUGGAGAUGAAACCAAUCGGUAUUUAAAAGGUCGUUUUUAGUUAAGGCAGUUAGCCUGCGAGCAACUUGCCGGGCUGCGGACCUUUUGUUUGUUUGCGUCGUUUAUUGCUCUCUUUUUUUCCGACAAAUCUGCUCACCGAGACUUUGAAGUGACAUCAUCAUCCUGGUGGAGGUCGUUGGCGUCUCAUGAUGACCCCACGCGAGCAGCUGAGGAAGAUGACGGCGCUGGGCGAGCAGGGGGCGCUGGACGAGAAGCACUGGUACCGGCUGGUGAACAGCAUGUCAGCAAGCGAGCUGAGGCAGAGGCAGGAGAUGAUCAUGAGGAACCAGAUGGCCAUGGCCCCGCAGAUCCUCGCCCAGGGCCAGCAGAGGUUGCAGGGGGUUCCGGCUCAGUUUGAACCGCGAUUCAUGGAAAGGGAGUUGGUCCCGCCUGCUGACAUUGUGGCCCCUGAUGCCAGGCAGAUGCACAUGGGACCUCACAUGGGCCCCCCUCUUGCAUCACACGCUGCGAUGCUCCCAGGAAGAACCUUCUCAGGAGCAGCCGGCUAUGGCUUUCUGCCCUCGGAGCCCAUGGAGACGGUUGCCCGGCGACAGGAGCUCAUUCACAAGCAAAACAUGGCCAGGAUGGAGAUGAACGCCAUCCUGCACCAGAAAGAGCUGGAGAACGCCCACCAAAAGGGUCUGAUGGGCAUGGAGACACCCAUGUCCUACCCGUCCAACCCCAUGGCCUUCAGAGCACGCCAGCGCAUGCCCGAGGGCCACGACGUCUUCGUCCACCGCCCCACCCUGGAAGACCUCCACUCCGGCAGCAUCCUGAUGGCGGCCAGCCCGUACCCGCCCCUCGGCACGCUGCACCGGGAGCGGGGGCGCCGGGUGGGCAGGAGGCCCGCGGCUCACAAAAGCGCCGACAACACCGCCGCCGCCGCCGCCGGCAACACCAAGGGCCCCGCUGAGGACAAGAGUGUGGAGCAGAGCCCGGGGGCCGCGUCCGGGGGGGAAGACAAGGAGGUGGAGGCGAAGGGCGACGCCGGAGACGAGGGCGCCCCCAGCAAGGUGCUUCAUCAUCAUCAUCAUCACCAUCAGGCUAAAGUAGACUCCGACAUGGCUGAAGGCUGCAGGAAGAGCUACAAAGAAGGGGAGGCGGGGCUUCCUAAGACCUGCGUCGGCGCCACAGACCGAUGCCAGGACGUGGGCGGCGGCGGAGGCAGCGACAAGGACAGUGGAACCUUCCAGGACAAGUUCAUGUACCCGUCAGCUGGCAUGCCUUACAUGUUCCCUGUCAUGCCGCCACCUGGUACCUUUAUAUCUCAACCCUCGCUUUGUUCCUUUCGCCACACGUUUCACGCAACUUUUCCGUCUUCAGGUCCGCCGGGUCUGUUUCUCAACGGCAAUGAGGCGUCGGAGGACAUCAGGAAGUGGAGCGUUAACGACGUGUACAACUUCAUCAACAGCAUCCCCUCGUGUUCCGAAUACUCUCAGACCUUUAGGGAUCACAUGAUCGACGGCGAGACGCUGCCCCUUCUGUCGGAGGAACACCUGCUGGACACGCUGGGCCUCAAGCUGGGGCCCGCCCUCAAGAUACGCUCACAGGUGUCCCGGCGCAUGGGCAGCAUGCUGUACAUGAUAAACCUCCCGCUCCCUGCCGCCGCCCUGCAGACGGCCCCCGACAAGCCCGGCGACCACUCGUCCGAGAUGGGCUCCCCCGUCAACUGCAACAGCGAGGAGAUGAUGGCGAGUCCUUCAGGGGACGUCCUAAAAGCUAGCGAGCACCUUCACGAGACGGACAACAAUUCACCUCUCUCGGCAAGCAUGGAGGCAGCGGCACCUGUCGCCCAAUGAACAAUGUACACUAACUCCAUGUUGUUGUACUCUUUGUACAUGCACAGGUAUUCUUAUUGGUUUGAGGAAUGGAAACUGUUAAUAAAUACAGUAAAAUGAGGUUAGGUUCUUACACUGUAAUGCACCUCUCAAUAUAAAAAUGUAUUAUCGGACCAAGCUUUCUGCUUCGGCGCUCCCAGUCUGUGGAAUGCUCUCCCUGACCCCCUGAGGGCACCACAGACUGUGGAUGCUUUUUAAAAAGGCUUAAAAACCCUUCUUUUUUUUUUUUAAAAAGCAAUGUUUUAGAUUCAUGCGUGCUAGUUCUGGCUAUUAGGCUGUUCUACUUUUUAUUUUUAUUUAUUUGUUUUGUUAUUUUUUUUAAUACGCUGUAGCACUUUGAGGUUGUUUGCUCAAUGUAAAGUGCUUUUUACAAAUAAAAUCUAUUAUUAUUAUUAUUAUCCUUAUUAUUAUCACUGUUUUCACAUGAAUUGUAUUUAUUGUUAUUAUUUAAAGUGUAAACUGUGUUUGCAUUUUCUUUUUUUUAUUGUGGAAGUUGCAGCUCACCUAUGAAUUAA